AUGUUGCAUCAUUUGAUUUCGAUAACUUCAUUACUUCUGUUACUGGUGUCAGGUGCUCUGGCACUUUAUGACAAGAAUGGAUCUGUAGUCAUUGUUAACGAAAAAAAUUGGUUGGAUGAAGUUUUAACGACCGAGCAAGUAGUGGUGGUAGAAUUUUUUGCUCCUUGGUGUGGACAUUGUAAAAAGCUUACUCCGGAAUAUGUCAAAGCCGCAGAAAGCCUUAAAGGUCUCGUGAAAUUUGCCGCGGUAGAUUGUGAUGAUCAAUCAAAUAGCAAUGUCUGUACUGUUUAUGAAAUUAAAGGUUUUCCAACAAUAAAACUUUUUCCUAGUAAAAUGACUGAAGACAGAAAAAAACCAGGAAAUUAUUACAAGAAAGCUAAAGAUUAUAACGGACCACGAACCGCGAAAGCAAUUGCUGAUUUUGCUCUUCCUGAAAUACCUUCUUAUGUUCAACCCAUAUCUAAUGAAAAUCCAACGACGAAAACUUUGACAAUUGAAGAAUUUCUAGAAAAAAAUGACACAUUGUCAAAAGCAAUUCUGUUUACAAAUAAGGAUCAAACAACCUAUCUGUACAAAGCUUUAUCUGUCGACUUUCAUGAUAGAUUAUUGCUCGGUGAAGUUAGGAAACGUGAGAAAAUAAUUAACAAAAAGUAUGGUGUUAAAGAAUAUCCAAAGUUGAUUGUUAUCUCUAGGGAAACAGACGAGAUAGUUGAAUACAAAGAACCCGAAUUCCAAGAGUCCAUAACUGAACAUGAGAACAAUCUUUCAAUUUUGAAGAAAGUUAAAGAGAGUACACAUAAAAAACAUGAAGAUGAUAAGCUUCGUUUCAGCUUCAUGUGGUUUAACGCGUUUAAUAUGGAAGCAAAAAAUUUGAUUAAAGAUUUUAAAUUGUCCGAUGUAUUUCCGAAUUUGAUGGUAUUGAAUCCGAAUCGAAAAUUGUAUAGGCCAUACUUGGGACCGUUUGAUCAGGAAAGGAUUGAAAAAUUCCUGGAUGAUGUGACUAAAGGUAGAGGAACUAGUUAUGAAUUUAAUUUCGAAGUUACUAUGGAUGAAAAGGAUAUGCAGAAAAAGGAUGAGAAAAAAGGUCAGACUGAUAAGAGUGAAGUUGAAAAGAGAGAAAACUUGGAUGACGAAAAAUGUGGUAUUGAAGGAGUCUGUACUGAGGAAAGUAAGAGUAAGGAAGAUGGUGGAAAGACCAAGUCUCAAGAGCGCGAUGAAUUGUAA